AUGCAAGAUAGCUCGCCGCUAGGCAUGGAUAUACCAUCGCCAUUACAUAUAAUAAAGAGGGGGAGGUCUAUGCAGGUCCUCCGCUGUACCCCCAGGAAGAUCAGCAACGAAAGUGUUGAUGACGAUCCUAACCAACCACUAACCAUUACAAAGAAUCGAAAAUAUCAGGACAGAUCUAUUAUAAAGAAGAAUUUAACCCGCGUUGAUGAAGUGGUACUCAGCCGAAGCUUUCGGAACCAAUCAGGAGGUGUUACCGCCAACAUCGCUUCUAACAAGGCUUGGGAUCCUGUCACACCGAGACUUAUAAAUGCUCCAGUAUCUCGCCGGUCAUCAAGCUUAAAAGUCGGACGACCGACAUCUCCUACAUUCUUCUCUCGGUUACGUUCUUUGUCUAACCGGAAGACCCUAUCUUCAAAACCCGACUACUAUCAGCAUAGUUCGCAUACUCUUAGCAGCUCUUCAGAUGAAUCAAUACUCAAGUCUUCUAAUGAAUACCCAAGGGCUAGAUCAUGGGAUCGAUCAUCGGAUUCCGAUUAUUCGGUUCCUUCGAUAUAUCCCAAUGAAUUCGUAGUGAAUAGAUUCGAUGGUCAAACCUUCGAGAGUACCCAAGGACCAGAUAAUAUUAGCCCUGAUCCUUACAUCCUCGUCCCGCAUAUCUCAAUUAUACCAGAAUCCAAAUCCUUAGAAGACGGACAAUCGGACGUUUGGACAGCUAUUGAGAUAUCAGGCCGACUAUUUCAUCCUCGAGGCGACAACUCAGCUUAUGACACCGACCAGGCUCCUUUCAUCCCCGUUCACCAUUGCGAUAUUGGUUUAUCAAGAUAUGGCUAUCUAUAUAACAUAAGGGUAGAUGUUUUGCCGGUCGCGGAGGGUAGUGUUAUCGAUCUUAUAGGGGAUACUAUGAUAAGGACAAUAAGUCCUGGCACUAGCAUUCUCCUUUUAGCUUGUAUCCGGCUGGGGACUUCGAAUUUGAUAAAACCAAGGGCAGAUAGGCAUGACCCUGACAGUCUCAUUGCCGACCUUGAAAACCAGCUGGGGAGUGCCCGGACUGAAUAUCUGCAAGUUAGGGUUCACUAUUGUCAUUCAGGAUUCCCUAAAUUUGGGAAGGCUUCCAUUGAUAACGAUACUGGUGGCAGUGUGUCGACUUGUCAGACCCGAUUAGAAACAGCAGUGACUGGAACUAUUCAACAACAUGCUUCGACAUCUGCAUGGUCUCCUCGGCCAACCCCGCCAACUAAUCCUUUAUUUCCUAUUAUUGCUUCUCACUGGGGCCCAAUUCGGGCCAACGAAAUCAUGCAAAGAAUAAUGUCAAAUCGACCAACUUCUCGCAGAACAGCCAAAUGGAUGAGAAUUGGACAGCGCGACAGAACUGGAGAUGUCCUCCAGGUACCAAACCGGGCAGGAACAGCUCCUCCCAUCCCCCAACGGCAGGCUAGUCUCAAGCGGUUGUCCCCGGAAAGAAUCUCCGACCCGGCCAGGAAAAUCUGGACAGAACUGCGCCGGACGUCCUCCGGUAACCGCCCAGCUUUCCACGUAAGUAAAGCUAAUCGGCUCCCCGCCGCUACGACUUUUGUGGAGGCGCCUAACUCCGAGGCUAUCAUCCGUCCCGGAUCAACGCGGCCCGAGUCUAGGUCGGACGUUCAGCGGCAACGCGAGAUGAUACGGGAGACUGCAGUGCGCAAUAGGAGGUCUAUAGGUGCUGAUAGCCUAAAGAGCUUAGUGCCGUCGGUGGUCGAUACAGACCCAGGAAGUAGAGAUGAUGGUGCUACUGGUUCUCCAAGCACGACUGGUAAGCAGGAGGUACAGACUGAUAAACGUAAACGAGAUGGGCGUUGGAGUUUAGGGGGUUGGUGGUGA